GCAAAAUAUAUUUCGAUAAAUUAGAUGUAAGGUUUUCGGUUGAACGUUCAGUUGGCCUUAAAAGCGCCACGACGGCGCCGACUCUUGUUACAGUGACGAGAUUUUGACCUCGAGACGCGUCCUGAUUCGCAUCUGCCUCGUAAAAGCCAAAAUGGCCGGUCUCGUAUGUUAAAACAGAAAUAUAUUAUUCAGUGCAGGAAGCUGAUAAUGAAAUAGUUAUGAUUCACGAAUUGCCUUUAAUACACAUUAUGUUCUUGACAAGUCACGUGUCAAUGUGUCUGUGAGAAUUGAGAUAUCUUGUGGCCUUUUGAAUAUGUAAAUUACUAAAUGUUAAAAAAUGUACAAAGAAUAUUCGUCCAAGUCACGUAGAUUUGUAGAAUAUGCUAGUUUAAAACUAGCAAAAUGCUGCCGGUAGUAUUUAGACUGUAGUGCUUUUUGUUGACACAUUAUUUUCAUUUAAACGCUAGUAAAAAAUGCUUGUCGUUAAGCGCAUCGUUCUCAAGGAAUAUACAAAAUUUUGUCUUGUAAAUUGUUAUUGUCAACAUUUAUAUUUCAAUAUGCGUUGCCUUUGGUUAUGAUUGUUUCGGGAACAGACAAUCAGUCAAAUAUCCUGAGGCUUGAAGUUGUACAAGUGGUCAGGGCAGCUGCUCGUUAUAAUGAGGUCACGAGGCUAUUUGCAUUAAUAUUGUCUUGGAAUCGUAAUGAAUAAUGCCACAUGCGUGUUGCUUAGAGGCAGGGCAGACCUUCGCAGACGGUUUGUCUCAAUCGUGAUUCUCAUCGCCUUGGAGAAUAUCAAUAUUAUUUGAUGCCGUUCUUUUAGUUUGUUUAUUUACUCGGCCCUUGCGACAAGCCUUCGGCUUCGCUUUCUUGUUUUUAAGCGUUGUAUUGAAAUCGUAUAUCCUAAAUUGGUCUUUCUCCAUCUAAGCGGUUGGAGAAAUUGAGUCUAAUAUCCAACAUUAAACUAUCGACAUUAUCAGAAUAUCAACAUCAAACUAUGAAAUACGAACAUGGUGAUGUCAGUACGAUAUGAAGACAGCUUUUUUUGGUGAUUCAUGAGUUCUCGUUCGCGACGUGAAGGAUUUUUUUAAAACUCAAGUGUUGAGCAUGUUCUUCAAUCUGUUUCAAUUAUGUGCUGAUAAGCAUAACAUUUGCGUGAAAAUAUUAGCUAUUUGUUUGGCAGUAGAAAUUCCGGAAAUGUUUCCGAGAAAUGUGGCCUUUAAAUGCGUAAUGUGAUUGGGUGAUUAUCUGAGAAUGUCGACAGCAGUGCUCCUAAUGAUCUAACCCGUGUCACGGACGUGAGGCAAACUCACAUGCACAAACGUGUGUGUGCAUCGUCUGCCAGGCUUGGAUUAUCACGAAAACGUCAUGUUAUCAACAAUGUCUAUGUGAAAACCGCUUGAAUAAACUAAUGUUGCAAUGUUAUAGACCAUGGAAAAAUCUAGUUGAUAAAACUCAAUAAACAAAGACUGUUUCAAAAGAAUUUUUUUCAAGAUGGAUAAAGGACUUCAAUCCAAUUAAUAUAUGCAGUGCAUUUGUCGUGGAACAGCAUGUUGCAUUUUUAAGACCACGUGCUACGCAUUCCUAUCAUGUUAUUUAUGGUCGUGGUAUUAACAAAUAUUUGGAGUUUGUGGUAUGCUCAACUGCCCAAGAUUAAUAAGGUCAACAGCUAUAAACCAGCAAGAUUCAAAAUGGUGGUAACUUGGAAACACUUGGUACUCUGCAGCGAUUUUAAGUUUCGUGUAUCAUCUACUGAAACCUGACGCCGAUUUCAUGAAUUUUGAAUCGUACAAUGUUCGAUCUUUGACGGUUUUGAAAGAUGGACGAAGCAUCGCCAAUAAAACGAAGGAGAACAGAAAACUUAAAUGAUCUAUCAAGCGACGGCAAAAUUACUAAAACAUGGACCGGCAAUGCAGAAAUAAGUACGGUUUCCGUGAAACCCGGCAUGUUUCAACAGCUACGACGUAUUGCCACAAGCUGUAAUUAUAAGGAAAAAAUUCAAAAUCCCAAAUCUGACGACAUUAUUAUCUCGUCCGUUGGUUCAUCUCCGGCCUCGUCACCACGCCCCGAAAAUCUCACCGCUCUGUCGCAGCCAGUAGAUCCAGUUGAACUACGUGCUCGGCUCACGGUCUUAGUAAAGGAAGAAAAUAAAGAGAACCAAGCCCUAAAAUCGGGCGAGCCUAAUUUGCAGGCUGGAACUGUUGUGCAGGCCAAAGCGAUCAAAAUAUCCGAGGGUAGAAUUUCGGAGGCGGAGGAUUUCAAGAAUAAAAACAUUAAUAUACCAAUAGGCGUUGAGGAAUUUUACGCGGUGUUAAGAAAGAUGAUGAACGAUAAAUUUAUAAAGUUGGAAGAAAAAUACACCGAGACAAUUAUUCCUGAUUUGGAGAAAAAAAUUACAAGUUUGGAGAAGGAAAAUAGACAUCUGACAGAGCAUUCAAACAGGUUGCAGGAAAUUCUAGGUAAAGUUGUUGCUGAGCUUCAAAAAAGAGUGCAGAAUGAAAAGAAGCCUACUCAAAGUGACGUUGGAAUUCAAGUUAGCUCUGUUGAGCCACCGCCACUUACCCCAGUUGCAACCACUGUUGCCCAGGUAGUCACCUUACCUGGCAAACCUGCACAGGUUGUACACGUCAUCGACUCCGUACCAGGCCUCUAUAAACCUCCUUCGAGCACUCCACCACAUGCUACCCAAAUGGGAACAGUUGGUGGCACAUACUCCAUGCGAGCAGUAAGCAUUGCAAAUGGCAUUAGACAAAGUGCCGCAGCAAGCACUGGCCAUGUCUUCACAUCAUCGGCUGGUCAACCUCGUUUGUACAGUGAAGCUCCAUACAAACCCGGAAGUCAUCCAAAUGCUGUCCUAGUGCCUCGUUCUCAUGCAACAUUCGCCCGACCAACAGGACCCAUCACGGCUACCGUUUACCCACAGCCUCAAACUCUUCAGGCGUCUCCUAGUACCCUGAGUGUACAUCGAAGUUCCCCUCCUACCCAAUCGCCAUCCAAUCGAUUCCCCUAUAACCCUCAGACGCCUAAUGGGGUAAUGAUCCGUACACAGUAUGUUAUUGCCCCUGAAAGGCACGAAGUUCCCACAGUGGUGUCUUCGCCAUUAACCCCCCGGCAGAAGUCCCCUGUUGUUCAAGGACCCCCUCCUAGUUAUUCUGUUGCAACAGCCAGAGCACAACAGAUCCACUACCACCAAGGCGCGGCAAACAACCCUGUACAGGUGAAUGGUACCCAUCACUAUGUCGCGAGGCAGGCUCCCCCCUCUGCGGCUGGUCCCCCUCCUUUAGUGCGAGCUCAAUCGAACUUGCGCCCACAAGUGAAUGUGAACACUUCCCCACGCUACCAACCUCCGCAGGUAAUCCAUCAACGUCCCCCGUACUCACAAAAUACCCCUGGGUCCCAGGUGACAACAGUCCCCUCUCGCCAUCCAAACACACCCCUUCCUCCGUCGCAAACACCACCGUCGCAAACGAACGGUAUCAUACGGGAGCUACCGCCCCCCACACCCACAGUCUCGAUAUCAGGAGCUGCAAAUGGCAUCGUCCUAUCCUGGAACAUGACCAUUCCCGAGGCAUGCGCGCAGAUAGACUCCUACCAACUUUUUGCUUACCAAAAUAACGGUCAGAUGGCAAAUUCACCUUCGCUUUGGAAAAAACUUGGAAUCGUCAAAGCGCUGCCUUUACCAAUGGCCUGCACGCUAACACAGUUUGUCUCGGGAAGUAUGUACUAUUUUGCCGUAAGAGCCAUAGAUGUUCACGGCAGGGCGGGAAGCUACAGCACACCGUGCGCUAUCACACUUCCGAAUGAAAGCGAUAAGGCUAGGACGGUAAAAUGAAUGACAGCGCAAAAUUUGUAGUUAGGGGAAUCAGCAAGUCGGAUUUUUUUUCGCCCGAAAGAACGCCACGUUAGAGACACUCGUCUAUUUAUUUUCACAGGAAUAUUUAAUUUAUUCGUUCGUGAUUGGAGUUGGACUUCGUUUGUGCUCGAUUUAUGACGUUGGAAAUGAUUUAUGAUGCCGUUGGAAAUGAAAACUACUGCUCGGGUGACUACGGAUUUAUACAAUGUCGACAACGUAUUUCUGUUGUUUCUUUUUUACUAUUUAUUUACAGAGAUGUUUUGCGCAAAGAUGCCAGAUAAUUGUACAGUUUUAUUAUUUAUUUCGGGAAAGAAUCAGUAUUAAAAA